AGGGGGAUAUUAAGGGAAAACAAGCGUGCAUGUCAUUGUAUGAUCAGAACAGUAAGUUAGAACUUUCCUUUUUUCUCUCACUGUUGUUGUGACAUUCGGCCUGGCAUAGAAACGGGUACAGAUAAACAGCAACGGUUUCUCAUUCUAAUGGACAGGGAGAAGAGCAACCUGGCCCACAGCCUGCAGGUGGCCCAGCAGCAGGCCGAGGAGCUGCGGCAGGAGCGAGAGAAGCUGCAGGCUGCCCAGGAGGAGCUGUGGCACCAGCGGGACCGGCUGGAGGGAGAGCAGGAAGACGCGGUGAAGAAUGGCGUGCGGGUGCGCCGGGAGCUUGAGCACAGCCAUAGACAACUAGAGCAGCUGGAAGGGAAGUGCUCAGUCCUGGCCAAGGAACUGGUGGAGGUGAGGGAGGUGCUGAGCCGCGCCACGCUGCAGUGGGACAUGCUGCAGGCCGAGAAGGCCGAGGUGGCCGAGGCGCUGACCAAGGCUGAGGCUGGCUGCGUGGAGCUCCAACUCUCCAUGACCAAGCUGAGGGCAGAGGAGGCCUCCCUGCAGGACUCCCUGUCCAAGCUGAGCGCCCUCAACGAGAGCCUUGCUCAGGACAAAUUGGAUCUGAACCGCCUUGUCGCCCAGCUGGAAGAACAAAAGGCCGCCCUGCAGGGCAGGCAGCGGCAGGUGGAGCAGGAGGCCACAGUGGCUCGGGAAGAGCAGGAGCGGCUGGAGGAGCUGUGGUUGGAGCAGGAGGUGGCGCGGCAGGGCCUGGAGGGCUCCCUAUGAGUGGCAGAGCAGACCCAGGAGGCGCUGAAGCAACACCUCCCCACACUGAGCCAUGAGCUCAGCUGGCUGCAGGAGCAGCUAGCACAGGCAAUCUGAAGGCAAAUCCUGUUUAGACCCAGGCGAAGGUUCCUCGUGACCCAGGCUCUCACCAGCCAGUUGUCCCUUGCCGUCCUCCUGAGGGUGUCUGGAGCUUCAGUGCUGUGUGUUCUUGGCCUCCACGCUGGGGAUGCCACUGACUCCCACUGUCCAGGGCUUCCAGUGGACUCUCCAAGGCCCUGAUGUAGAAACUUCCCCAUUCGGUACCCCAAGAGCAGCCUCACAUGGUGUGGGCCAACAUCAAGAGCUGCCAGAUCCAACAGGUCUUGGGGGAGUGGGAGCCAGUGCAAGGAGAGAAGUCCAGUGAGAAAGGCAAAUGGAUGACAUCAGACCUAGGGGCUGAGGCCCCCAGCUGCAGCCAGGUAGCUUCUGGAGUGGACAAGGAGCAACAGGGAAGUUCGUGUCCUGGUGUUCUGGGCUGCACUGUCUCAUCUCAUUCUUGUGAGCACCAGAACUUAUCCAAAGACAAGACUCAGUGUCUCUGGCAACAGUGGGCCAGAGACAGGAUGUGUGAAUUUCAGAGGAGGAGGAAGGGGUUGUACCCCAUGGAAACAAUAUAUGGUUUUACAGUAGCACAUCUUUCUCUAAUAACUAGUUAGCAUGUUCCUGUUAAUGGAAAAUAUUGGUGAUGUAAGUUUCCCCACUGUUCUCAUCUUCAUGUAAAUUUGUUCAUUUCCUUCCUUCCUUCCUUCCCUCCUUCUCUCCAACUCUGUGUCUCUCUUUAUUCAUUCCCUGCCUCCCUCCCACCCACCCUCUCUCCCUCCCUUUCUUUCUUCUUCCCUCCCUCCCUCCCUUCUUUCCUUUCUUCCUUUCUCCUUUCUUCUUUUCUUUUUCUUUCUCUCUCAUGCUCUCUCUUUUUCUUUCCUUUUCAUUCUCUCUACUUUUUUGAAGAGAUCACACUGUACUGAAAGCUACAUUAUUUACCAGAAUCUCUGGAUCUGCUUCUGUCUUGCAGGCAGAGAGCUCAUCCAGUAGCCCUUAGCUCUUCCUAGCCCCCUCCUUUGAUUUGUUAGUGCCACUGGGGCAGCUGCUGAGUCUCAGUGGUUUCUAGUCUUCACCAAGUUCUGCCCACCCAGAUGGUUUUUACCUGUCCUUACCAGAAACCUGCACUGUCUAGAUUGCUGAGGCUGCUUCUCCUUAACCGAUCUGCUAUCUGUAUUCCGGGGGCACGCCAGGGUUAGAGGCAAAUGGCACAGGCCGUGAAAUCUCCAACUGCUCUGACUCCAGGUUGGUGCACUUCAAUGCCAAAUACUAACCACACAAUAACAGGAUGCCACCAAAACCUUGAUAUGGGGCUGCUGCAUCCUAAUUAAAACAAAUUAAUAGGCUUUUUUUUUUUUAGAACAGUUCUAGGUUUAUGGAAAACUUGAGUGGAUAGUACAGAGAGUUCUAGGCUCCCCUGUCCUCCAGCACACAAUUUCUCCUAUUAGUAUGUCGUAUGAGUGUGGUCCAUUCGUUACAAUUGAUGAACCACUGUUGAUACGUCAUUAUCAACUAAAGUCCGUAGUUUACAUUAGAGUUCAUUCUUUGAGUUUCACAGAUUGUGGGUUUUGGCAAUUACAUAAUGUCCUAAAUCCCCAAUACAGCAUCAUGCGAAAUAGUUUCACUGCUGAAAAUUCCCUGUGCUUCACCAUUUCAUACGUCCUCCUCUCCUCCACAGUAUUAUUCAUAAUAGUUAAAAAGUGGAAACAUCUUAAGCCACCAUCAGUUGAUGAAUAAACAAAAUGUGGUAUAACCAUAUAGUGGAAUAUUAUUUGGCCAUAAAAAGUUGAAGUACUGAUGCAGGCUAAAAAGGAUGAAACUCGAGAACAAUAUUCUAAGAAGCAGAUAGAAAAUACCACGCUUUGUUAUUCCAUAUAGAGGAAGUGCCCAGAACAAGUACAUCAGUAGAUAGAGAAAGUAGAUUAGUGGUUGUCAGCGCAAGAAGGGGGGAAUUGGAGAGUGACUGCCCAUAGGUACAGGCAAGCUUUUUGGCAUUAUGAAAAUAUUCUGGAAUUAGGUAGUGGUGAUGGUUGCGAAAGUUUUGGAAUAUGUUAAAAGACACUGAAAUGUAUGCUUAAAAAUGGUGAAUUUUGUGAUAUAUAAAUUAUACUGUAGA